AAGAACAUCAGGACCUGAAGGUUCGGUUUAAACCUAUAGUUGCGCUGCUCAGAAAAUAAGCGUGAAGGCUCUAAUAUGGUGUUUAUAUAUUCUUCAUGCAGAAGCAGUGUACUAAAGGAGAGAAUUGCUUUUUCAUUUUUCACCCAAGAAUUAAUUUCGCCCCAGCUUUACUGCCUUACACACAUUCUUGUGACAUUACACACUGGGAGGGAGGGAAAGAGAGAGCCGUGACUGUGGUGUGUGUCUAAAAGCGCAUGUUAGGAGAGGAGGAGAAGAAUAAGCAAGCUGGUUUGACCAGAAACAGAACUGCCUGUGACAGAUUAAGAGACAAGGCUUGGAAUCUGAGAGCAAGCAGAGUGGAAAUUUACAGCUGCUCUGUGUGAGCGUUCAAGUGAUCAUUUUCUACUAACGUUUUCCGGUGGUGACUGUUACUCUUCAAAGACAGACCAGAAAGUGGAGACGCAAUUGUGCAAACUCUUUUUCUCUGCCAUGCUUUGGUAGCAGGAGGCUUUCUCUAUUAAAUGGAAGAUAAAGACUACUUCCUCCAAAGUGUUUUGAGCCCGGGAAAGAGCUGUCUUCAGCACCUCACCAUGGAUCUCCUUUAGACAAGCCUUGGUGUUUCUGUACCAUUCGCAUUCCAUACUGAAAGAAGAGAUUUUCAUACACGAAAAAAUGCCUUUGUUUAGUAAAUCACAUAAAAAUCCAGCAGAAAUUGUGAAAAUUCUGAAGGACAACAUGGCCAUUUUGGAAAAACAAGACAAAAAGACAGAUAAGGCUUCAGAAGAAGUGUCAAAAUCUCUGCAAGCAAUGAAAGAAAUUCUGUGCGGUACAAAUGACAAGGAACCCCCAACGGAAGCAGUGGCUCAGCUGGCACAAGAACUCUACAAGAGCGGGUUGCUAGUGACCCUGAUCGCCGACCUGCAGCUCAUAGACUUUGAGGGAAAAAAAGAUGUGACCCAGAUAUUUAACAACAUCCUGAGGAGACAGAUAGGUACUCGGAGUCCCACUGUGGAGUACAUUAGUGCUCAUCCUCACAUCCUGUUUAUGCUCCUCAAAGGGUACGAAGCCCCCCAGAUCGCCUUACGUUGUGGGAUUAUGCUGAGAGAAUGCAUCCGGCACGAGCCGCUCGCCAAAAUCAUUCUCUUUUCUGAUCAGUUCAGAGAUUUCUUCACGUAUGUGGAAUUGUCAACAUUUGAUAUUGCUUCAGAUGCCUUUGCUACUUUUAAGGAUUUACUAACCAGACACAAAGCGUUGGUAGCGGACUUCUUAGAACAAAAUUAUGACACCAUCUUUGAAGACUAUGAGAAAUUGCUUCAGUCUGAGAAUUAUGUGACGAAGAGACAAUCUUUAAAGCUGCUAGGCGAGCUGAUCCUGGACCGCCACAACUUCACCAUUAUGACCAAGUACAUCAGCAAGCCAGAGAACCUAAAGCUGAUGAUGAACCUUCUUCGAGAUAAGAGUCCCAACAUUCAAUUUGAAGCCUUUCAUGUCUUUAAGGUAUUUGUGGCCAGUCCUCACAAAACGCAGCCUAUUGUGGAGAUUCUGUUAAAAAAUCAACCCAAACUCAUUGAGUUUCUGAGCAGCUUCCAAAAGGACAGGACAGACGACGAGCAGUUCACGGAUGAGAAGAACUACUUGAUUAAACAGAUUAGAGACUUGAAGAAAACAGCCCCAUGAGGACUUCACCGCAUGUCACCGUCCUUCAUUUGCCUCUGCAGUUUGUACGAUGUUUCAAAAAGUCACUGCUCUUGCGAAGUGUCUGGAGGUGCCUGUUUUUUUUUUUUUCCUAAUCAAUUAACUGUUCAAAAUAGAUGGAAUAUAAAUGCUUGAAUGGAAAAAAUUAACCUAGAAUAAUAAUUAUUCACUUUAAUCAAGUUUGCAAUUAUUUAUGUGAAAUCAGAGCUAUUGUAGUACAUGUUGAUGAGCAGUUUUUAACUUGCAGAGCCGAGCCCUUGGCCACCGAGGAGGAGGAGCUCAAAUGCACCUCUGAGACCUUGGGAACCCCAGGGUGGAGCAGGGAGCUGCAAAAUCCUUGCCUAUCUGCACUUUUCAGAUCCCUUAAGCACUGAAAGGUCACAGAAGAUCAGAUCAGUGUUGCCAGUCUGUGUAUCCUCUUCCUCCCAGCCUGAUGUCUUCUGACUAAUUAGCAGGUCCCAACCUCCUUCACUGUGGCACAUCCCACCCCACCCUGACCCAGGCACAUGCCUGCUCCACCGCAGAGGGAGCAAGUGGGUGGAAUCAAGAUGGCUCCGCAAGGGCCAUGGGGCACAGUGGGCUCCGAGAGAGAGCUGCAAACAAACAGCUCCAGAGAGUCGCUGCUGUUCCACACCAACGUCUAGAGGUCAAUGAUGUCGGGAUAUUUUAUUCUUAACUGGCAAUACAGGAAGAAUGCUUUGUAAAGACAGUGUUUUCAGGGUGAGAAUCAUUACAUUGGGUACAAACCAUGGGUCCAGAGAGUUAUGGUAGGGAGCUUGUAUCCAUGGGUGGUAAUGCCCAUGGAAAGGGAAAUCAUUUGUGCAUCUCAAAUGAUUAGACAUUUUUUCCAGUUUGUUCUCUGAUAAGCUUUCAUUCUUUAACUUCUCAUCAAAGUCUUCAGUAAUAAUGUAAAAAAAAUCUAAAAAUUUUGGUCCCAAAUACUCUCCUGCAUACUGUAAUUAAGGAGUUUAUCUGUGUAUUUGGUGGCUUAAUAUUAUUCCAUAACAUGAUAUAGGAACAAAAAUAAAUUUUAAAAAGGUCACAGUUUCUUUUCAGGUACCAAAUAUAUAAAAAAACUUGUGGCUGUAAUUAUAAUUUUAAAAUUCUGUUACACCAUGAGUUUUGACAUCCAUUGAAACCCUCAGUUUUUAUACUUGGGGGCUUCUUUUUUCCUUCAGCCAGCUUUUUCUCUUCCCAGAGAGGGAAAAAGAACUAUGUUUUCCAGGCUCAGUCCCCUCUAUAGACUUUGUCCCUGAAGAACUACCUGAUGGGAAUCCCGCGGCCUGGCUGGGACUCAAGUGUUGUUUUUGUGCCCAGAGUGCAGCUUGAGGCAGACGGUGCUGACCUGCCACAACUUCCAGUCGCAGCCCUGGCCAGGGCCAUCGAGGAGAGUCAGGAAGCCCCUGAUGCCCUGUGUCUAAGCCCCUGAUGCCAGAUUAUCUUUAUAACAUUCCUUGGCAGUCCAGAGUCCCUUUGAGUUUGACUUUUCUGGGUUUGACUGAGUGUAAAUACUUUUAAAUGAAGGUGAAACAGUAAUUGAAAGUGUGUGUGGUUGCUUAAUACUAUUUCGUAACAUCAUGAGACAUAUGUUUUCUGCUGGAAAGUAAGGCCUGGUGAUCAUUCUUUUUUGAUAGACACACUACUUAUGCUGGCUUGAAUUAGCCCUUCAUAGCAUUCCCUUAUUCUAGCUCCGUACCUACCAUGUUUGAAAAUUAUAGUCUCCAACCCAGUAAAUGAAGUAGCUGGGUUUUUAUUGUGAUGUCAGUUUGUAAAUUAUUAACUCAAAAGGGGGAGCAGGAAGCUCACAGUCAAAAUAUGUUUGCACAAAGAUCACUGUAUAUAGUGUGAGAACUAAUUUUGAAAAGGUCAUAUUUAAUAAACUAUCCCCAAAGCACAUGUUUAAGGCUAAAUAAAAAGGUACUACAUAUA